CAUACACACAAACUUUCGCCUUCAUAAUAUUAGUUUGAUAAGUAGGAUUUUAUUGUCAUUUUAUUCUAUGCAAGUAUUAUGAUGCUAUCAGAGCUAACAGUUGUAUUUAGUGUAAUUUUGAUGGUAAGUGGUAAUGGUCUGUUGCUACUCUACCGGCCGAAGGACAUCACGAACGAAUGUGCGUUUUCUAGACAACUACGAUUCGAUAUAUCGUAUGGUAUGGGCAUGUCUGAUACUAUCACUUUGGUGUUUCGCACACUAAACGACAUAGAUUAUGAAUGUGUAGUGGAAAUAGUGACGUCAUCCAACCAGUACCUCGUCACAGUGGUACGGUACCCCACCACCAUAGCUAAGAACUGUGAAGUCAACCGAGACGCCCUGACAGUACUGAAAAAAUGGAAAUGUACCAGAUUAUGUGAUCUGCUCUCCGGAGAGGCGUAUACACCGUAUUUCACGUUUACCGUCAAAAAUCGGCUGAGGUUCUUAUUCAAGAGCAAUAGCAGCAUCAAUUCUGAUAUAAAUGCAAACUUCUACCAAGUGACAAUAACAUCAGCACGGCAAGCACCAUUCCAAGGAUGCAACAGAAGAAACGAAACCAUUUGUACCGUAGAUCAGUUGGACUUCUGCUUCACUACUGGCGUGGUGUGUGAUGGGAUUGAGAACUGUGGGGUUGAUGAUUGGUUUGAUGAAAGAAAGUCCCAAUGCACGUUGCCAGUGCAAAGGUUAGGCUAUGCGCCCAUCGUGGCUGUGAUGGCUGUAUUCAUCUGCGCUGUGGUGGCCGGCGGGCAUGCCCUCGUGCGACUCCUACCCCCGCAUGCCAACUCCUUCUUCGUCUUCAAUGAGAAUGAGGACAAUCGCCUUUGCAUCGACCCUGUGCUGGUGCCUCGAGGGAAUGCGCCUGGUGUUGAAGCGUUUAAACGUGUUUCUAUUAUACCGGUAUUGGACAGUAUUACAGAAUCAGACAACGAUUCAAACACAGAAGAAUCUCAAAUGACUACGGAAAAAGAACAGAAUCUUUACGAUUUAGAAGAUCAACAGAAUGAAGAAGAUCCUAAAAUAAUUCAGUCACUGAUCGUUGAGGAGAAACCUGAACAACCUGCAAGGAAAAGCACAAUGAAGAGUUUAGCGGAGAAGUUUCAGAAACUGAUGAGUUCUAGAUAUGUUGCGUCGGGUGCUGGGUCUAAUCGGAAAAAUAAAGAUUCCAUUGCUUAGAUAUUU